GUUCAACACUCAUAUGGAUGCAUGAUCUUCCUAUAAUUUCAACGACGUUAACCAAAAAUUUCGUCUGUGCCGUCUUUUUCCAUGUCGCUCGAGUAAUAGAAUGCAGGUAUAUUCAAGAUUUGUCUACAGUUCUUGUCAGUCUACACCACAACGUCGCAGUCAAACUAUAGUUUUCCCGACUUGCUUUUUCGUAUGCUACUCCCUUCGGCACAACAACCCAGCUACUGCUCUCAAUCAACUUCAAGUUAUUCACCAUGCCGCUUAGAUUCAUUCGUACGAAAAAGCUAGGGAUUGAUGUCGACCCUUUGCAAGCAGCGAUCGCUACAACGGCUUUCGCCAGGGAUCUCAUGACAACCAUGCAGUUUCCUCCAGCCGCUGCUGCUGUCUCAGUUUUGCUACUCAUCUUGCAAACUAUCCAGAACAUUCAAGUCAACAAGUCUGGUUGUGAUCGCUUGGCGCGUCGCGCUGCACAAAUACUGAUUGACAUCAAUGAACAAAUGCGUGGACGAUACCACGAUGCUCCAGAAGCGCUUCUCAGGAAUUUGGAUAGGUUUGAAAGUACUCUGAUUUCUAUUCAUCAGUUCAUGAGAAAGUUGGCUGAUUUAAAAUGGAGUGAUAGGUUCCUCCGUAAGUCGUCAAUUGACGACGCUCUGGUCGAGUACAUGCGCAUGCUUGACGAGGCAUCGCAGGCUUUUCAGCUCGCUACUCUCAUCAAUAUACACCUCGCUGUGAGCUCACUGAGAGGAAAUGGUGCUUCGAACGCAACUGCUGAAAGAGUUAUCGAUGCUCUGCCUCCGCCUACAUAUCAUGAGGUUCUGAAUGGACCAGACUCGGUCGCCGUAGAGAUACGAAGCCCAGGGAUCGUUGAUGCAGCGGAGUGUACAGUUGCCGAAUCCGAUCCUCUGGUGGCAGCAGGAUCCUUGUCACCACCUGAAAAAAGAUUUACAGACCAUUAUCUCCCCGUGGAACUGUCAUCCCUAACCCUAGACGAUCAUGGGUUUCGACGAUACCACCAGUCAGAGGUUAUCUUACGCGGCCGGUCUCGGUUGCAAGACGGAUGGUGGGCUGGUGCGACGGAAGUCCAGGUACAAGGGCAACGAGCCUUGAUCAAGAAAUAUGACGAUGACAAGGACCAUGCAUACUCUAAAUGGCUGCGAGACGUCAAGGUGCUGCAGAAUCUUUAUCACCCCAAUUUACCUCAGAUGCUUGGGUUUUCGGAUGAAUUAGCCCCAACUCCUUUUAUCUUGCUGGCGAAUGUCCAGACGCAGAGUCCUCAAGCUCUAGUUCGCGAAGUGCUACGCUCGUCAAGUCUAGGGACCUCGAUAGAGCUGUUGUUGCGUUUUUAUCGCGACCUUGCUGACACAGCGAUGUAUGUCCAGAGACAACUCAACUUGGAUGAGAACAAGGUUCAAGAUUUCAUCGAGGCUUCCUCAUUGCGAGUCGAUUCCCUCAAAACUCUUGUGGUUGGUCUGCCUCCUCCUCGAAACGGCGAGUGGUAUACUGCACGAAACUACGGGUUAGCGCAUACAUUACUAGAUGCUUGUUUGCGAAUGUUGCCAAACAACGGGCGGGUCACAUACUCAUAUGAUAGAGGGGAAGAAUUUGUGACAGAAGAGAUGCAAAAGAAAAUCAACCACCUCGUCACUUUGGCACGAGCCCUACUUCCCAACGGAAGACAAACCCCCGUACUCCCAACACAGUUAAAAGCACUGAUCGAAGAAACGGAAUCUGAGACCCCUUCGCUGACUCUGCGACAAAUACGGGAUCUCACUUGGAAUGCUGAAGGCGCCCAUGGUCAUACAUGGUAUGAGAGGAACGUGCCGGCUGAUAAGUUUUCUGUUGGUGAUAUCGGAUACAUUCCAGUUGGGGGAGACUUCGGAUCCUUCGUUCUUCUCAGCAACGUCAUCAAAGACGGAAAGGCUAUACUCGGCCUAUCUCAGCGGUCGCACGGCGAACACUGGUGCUGGGAGCAUGUCCCGAUACACAGACAACCUCUCCAAGCUUACCAGUUGCCUGAAGCUGUCGCAGGAUGGCCCGUCGCAGUGCCUCCAUAUAGUCAGAUUGAUGUCGUGGUAGUGCAUGAGGCCUUUCUUUCUUGUGUCAAGGAUGCAUGGCAAUAUCUAUUGAAGAACGGCAAGGGUCACGCGGCCGAUAGUGGCAUUAGGCCGGAGGAUUUGAUCCUUGUGACCCAUGUUGGAACCCAUCAAGAUUUUUAUGUCAGGGAUUUUCGAUCAAAACCUUUUAUACCGCAAACACACGCAGCAAAUCCCCAGUUUGCUGCGAAUCAAUUCCAUCACCAACAUAGGCAUGGCUUUCACCAACCACCAGGAUUCGGGUUCCAGACCCAUGGUGUUCCGUUCAACCAACCCGCCCUUCCUGCAAUAGUUUAUCUUUUAACCUCAUUAGAUGCUAAUCACGAACCGCAUUGGUCACCUUCCCCAGUGUAUCUGCCAAAUGGUGUGUCGCGUCAACCUCUGGCUCGACAUUUCACGACGAAGAUUGGGUGGAAAACUGGGUUUUUGAACUAUAUUCAACUUCAUGCUGAGGACUUCGCUGGUACCUGAUGCUCGGAGAUUGAAGUCCUCCUGUACACAUCCAGACAGGAGAACUUCUCCGGUGCCUGCAUAAUCGACACCUGCUCCAGUGGUGAAAAUUUUACUUUCGCACGCGCCAUCGUUGGGUAUUCAGAUGUACGCACGUGUUUCUUCCUGUUGUGGUUCUUAAAAGUGGUGUUCAUUCCUCGAAGGCUCAAAGAGCUUGAGUCGACGUAACCGUGAUGCUCCCGCUUUAACUAUGUAAACUAUUUUACAGUCAAUCUGCUUCUCGGCUGAACAUUUACUCUUCAUGUUAGUGUUGGAAUACAAAAUUCUUCUGGGAAAUGAAAGCAAGGAAGCGGUGUUUAUCAUACGCAGUAGUUGCCCAUUUGUUGAUUUUCACUCGUACUCUAGACGUCGUCUCGUCGACUCCUGUGCUCUCUCGUUCUUGUACUUCUCUCGUCUCUCACAUGUCGAUUUAUCUUAAC